AUGCCCUGCUCCGGUGCGGCGAGGAGGAGGCGGGGCGUCGCCCGCCCGCCGCGCGCAGCGCGCGGCGAUGCGUCGUCCCCGGUGUUCGCCAAAAUCACCGUAUCCGAUCCCAAGAAGCACGCGGAGCCCAGCGGCGCGGGUGCCGCCGGUGUGAUCCCGGGGUCCGGCAGCUACUUCUCUUACCUCAUCACCACCCGUCUUGCUGGCGGCGGCGGGGAGGUCCGCGUGCGGCGGCGCUUCCGCGACGUGGUGGCCCUAGCGGACCGCCUUGCCGCAGCCCACCGCGGCCUCUUCGUCCCGGCCCGGCCUGACAAGAGCGUUCUCGAGGGGCAGGUCAUACAGCGCCACGACUUCGUGAGCCAGCGCUGCGCUGCGCUCCAGCGCUACCUCUGCCGCCUUGCGGCGCACCCCAUCGUCGGCCAGAGCCCUGAUCUCCGCACGUUCCUCACGGAGCCUGGUGCCAUCCCCGCCUUUCAGGGUGAGGCCCCACGGUACUGGACUACCACUGUGAAUGCUGCUGCUCCACUGGUGCCGACGAAAGCUGGGAGGGACUUGUUUGGGAUGUUUAAGGGUCUCAAGCAGACGGUGGUGAAUGGACUGGUUGCAACAAAGCCUCCACCUGUGGAAAAGGAGACAGACACGGAGUUCCUGGCGCACAAGGCUAGGUUUGAGGACUUACAGCAGCACCUCACCACAACAUCGCAGCAGAUGAGCAGGUCACAGAUAAAAUUAAACUCUGAAAUUGUGAAACACCUGGGUAGUAUCCAUGAACACUUGGAGAUGAUGAUAUCAGUUCAUCAUGCAUUUACAGAUCGCUCUAAUGCUUUACAUUACGUACAAAGUCUGUCAGCAGAUUUGUUUUCCUUGCACACCAGGGCAGGGAGACUUGAAUCUUCAUCAGCAAGAGAUAUGGGGCAUGAGUGGUCAACAUAUCAGAAAGUAGAGGGGUUGAAAGAAACAAUAAGAUCAGCGGAAGCAGCCAAAAGUGAUGCAGUUAGAGAAUAUGAAAGCAUUAAGGAAAACAACAAGAUUGAAAUAAAAAGAUUUGACAAGGAAAGACGCCAGGAUUUCAUCGAGAUGCUGAAAGGUUUUGUGGUAACUCAGGUGUCUUAUUCAGAUCAUUUUGCUAAUAUGUGGACAAAGGUAACAGAGGAAACAGAAGUAUAUGCAAACAGGAGCAACUGA